GUAUCCUUCUUUGAGAAUAACAAAAUUUGGACAUUAGAGUCUUUUAAAGUGUUAGAAAAAUCAGUUGGGGCAAAACGGUCGGGCAGGAAUUGGCAAUCCUGCCCUCCCUUCAUCUGUUAACUCCCAAUUUCUUUGGAGCUGAAACUGCAACCUUAGAUUCUUCAAAUUUCCCGGAAGAAAAAUCGUAAGUUCUUCAGUGCGUUUCAUUUAUUACCUCCUUUUCCCUUUUGAAAGUCAAAGUUAGGGACUUGGGUUCAAAAUCACUAGUUAAAGAUCGAAGCUUUGUGGUUCAUUUUUCAUCUGGGGUUUUUUCUUGAUAGUUGAAUUAAAUGGAUAUUGAUGAAAUACUUGGGGUAUCUCGGCCUGUGAGUCUCACAAACAAGAGUGCGAUUUACGUUUGGGGUUACAACCAAUCUGGGCAAACGGGUCGGAGAGGGAAAGAGAGGAGUUUGAGGAUCCCAAAACAGCUUCCUCCAGAGCUAUUUGGAUGCCCGGCUGGUGGGAAUUCCCGUUGGUUGGAUAUUGCUUGUGGUCGAGAGCACACUGCUGCUGUCGCCUCUGAUGGAUCGCUUUUUACAUGGGGGGCUAACGAAUUUGGUCAGCUGGGUGACGGAACUGAAAAUGCUAGGAAGCACCCCAAGAAAGUGAAACAAUUACAAUCUGAAUUUGUUAUUAGUGUUUCAUGUGGAGCACAUUGUACUGCUGCCAUUGCCGAACCACGUGAAAACGAUGGUAGCAUGUCAGCUCGGAGACUUUGGGUCUGGGGACAGAACCAGGGAUCCAACUACCCACGACUCUUUUGUGGUGCCUUUUCUCCUUCUACGGUUAUUCGCCAAGUUUCUUGUGGUGCUGUUCAUGUUGUAGCUCUAUCAGAAGAAGGGUUACUACAAGCUUGGGGCUAUAAUGAAUAUGGUCAGCUUGGCAGAGGUGUUACAUCUGAAGGCCUUCAAGGCCCUCGUGUAAUUAAUGGAUAUGCUAAAUUUCUUGAUGAAGCCCCUGAACCAUUGAAGAUUACCCAAGUGUCAUGCGGGGAGUACCAUACUGCAGCUAUAUCAGAGAAAGGCGAGGUCUAUACUUGGGGAUUGGGGAGCAUGGGACAACUUGGCCAUUGUUCCCUUCAGUCAGGUGACAAGGAACUUUUACCUAGGCGUGUAGUUUCCCUUGAUGGCAUAUUUAUAAAAGAAGUUGCCUGUGGUGGUGUUCACAGUUGCGCUGUGACUGCAAAAGGGGCUCUUUAUGCUUGGGGUGGAGGUCAGGCUGGGCAAUUGGGAGUUGGACCCUUAAAUGGAUUCUUUUCAUGCAAGCUCAAUGAAUCUGAGAUGAUGCUCCGUAAUAUACCAGUGUUGGUUGUUCCAGAUGGUGUGCAACUCGUUGCUUGUGGGCAUUCACACACACUUAUAUCUGCUAAAGAUGGGCGAAUACAUGGAUGGGGUUAUAACUGCUACGGUCAAGCGGCUAAUGAGAAGUCAACAUAUGCCUGGUAUCCAUCACCAGUUGAUUGGUGUGUUGGGGAAGUCCGGAAAUUGGCUGCUGGUGGUGGACAUUCAGCAGUGUUGACUGAUGCAUGCUCGCUAAAGGAGUUGUGCGAAUUUAGGCUUGCAGAAACCGUGAAUCUAUCCAAUGCUUCAGUGGUUGAGGAUGUCGCCUCAAGAACAGGAGCUGAUGCUUUGGCACGGCUUUGCGAAAGAUUGAGGGAGCAUUACUACAAUGAUGAUGAGUUUGGUCUGUGAAAUCACUGAUGGUGUUAAUGUGUAAUAUAUCAAUUAUUCACCCAUUGGGAUUGAUUCAUGAAUUCAUGUAGUACAAUAGAGAAACCAGACUAUUUAUUUCUUCAUUGAAUAAAUGUAUUCCCCUUACUGGAACUGGGGUGGUAGUGCAUUAUGAAGUUGGUAGGUUUUACUUUGAAAUGAGUUGUAUAUGGUAAUAGAAAACUGUACAUUUAACCAAAAAUUGAACCGUCUGAAUCAACUCCGUUUUCACUU